AUGUCUGCGACAACAACACCAUCUCUAUCUCUUUCGAAUUUCAGACCAAGAUUCCGAAAUCCAACCAAAACCCACCAUUUAUCUCCACUCUCUUGGUCUGUUUCAAGGAGAAAGAUCUUGUCUUUUGACAGACAACAAGCUCCUAGGAUUCUUCUUCUCCACCAGGAAAAAAAACAACUAUGGAGUCUCUCUGCAACUCCGGACGAAAUUUCCCAGGCGAUCGUUUCUUCUGAUACUUCUUCUUCUUCAGAAGCUAUUGUAUCUACUGGUGGUCAAGAUGGUGUUGCUUUGAUUAUACAAGUGCUUCUCAUUAUCGCUUUUCUUGCUCUCAGUGUUCUCACCAUUGGUGUUGUGUACAUCGCAGUGACUGAGUUUCUAGGGAAGAGGGAGAGAGAGAAGUUUGAGAAAGAAGAGGCAGCAAAGAAGUCUAAGAAGAGUGGGAAGAAGAAGGCAACGCGAGCCAGAGCUGGACCGAGAGGUUUCGGUCAAAAGAUUGAAGAUGACGACAUUGAUCUUGAAUGA